CGCUCCGCCUCCGCCUCCGCCUCGCCAGUCGCCACGCCACCACACCGCCCACGCCGCCGCCGCCUCGCCUCCAGCACCGGCUCCCACCUCGCCUCGCGAUGCAGGCCCGCGUCGUCGUCUUCCCCGUCAAGGGCCGCGCCUGGUGCUUCGCCCGCCCGCGCGCCGCCGCGGCACCCGCCGGCGAUGGCGCCCACCCGCCUCCGCCGCCGACGCUGAGGGACCUCUGGCGCGGCAUCACCUCCGGAGGGCGCACGGCGCCGGAAAAGGCCGAGUCCGUCGUCGACUUCGUCGCAGACAAGAUGAACCGGGCGUGGAUCGGGUUCGGGAGCGCGCCGGAGGGGUCGAUGAAGAGCCGGAUCCACAGCUUCGGGCUGAAGCUGCUCUCGCGGGUGCGGCCGUCGGAGGUGCUGCUGAAGUCCGUGACCAAGGAUGUAGGCGCGCUCGAAAUAGUGCAUCCGGCAAGCACAAAUUCUCGUCUUGUGCGUCGACGGUUGCGGCAUAUUGCUGUUAGGGGUGCGUCAGUUCACAAGAAAUUUCUUUAUGGCUCAGUUUGUUUGCUUCCAGUUACUAGUGUUUUCAUGGUACUACCUUUACCAAACAUACCAUUCUUUUGGGUAUUAUUUCGUGCUUAUUCUCAUUGGAGAGCUCUGCAGGGAAGUGAGAGGCUCCAGUUGCUAGUUUCGGACUGCUCAGAUCAACGGGAAGUUCUUCAGAAGGAGAUUCGUUCAGGAAAGGAUGGUAACCCUAAUGAAAAUGCCCGGUAUUCUACUUGGAAGUUGCGGCCAUCCAAAAGGCUUGAUGGGUUCCUGGAAAGGAGAAACUUGGAUGAAGGUUUGGAUUGUGAUACCAUUUCAAGGAUCUGCAAGGAAUAUGAUUUGGACAUGAUUGAUGUUGUCAAGUACAGGGAUCUGCCUUAACAAAAUUCAAAUCCUUGCUCUGAAUUUUUUUCCAUUGCCCACUGAUGUUUGUACUGUAAAAUUCUUCUAGCACGACCAGCUUAAGGGUACAGGAGUUGCACGGGACGACUAACAAUUGGCCAUCCAAUGAGGAAAUUCUUGUGUAACAGCUUCAGUUUUAUUUUUAAAUAUGCUUCAAAUCAGUCGACUGCUAGUGCAGUAAUCUGAGAAACAAAUAGUACACACCAGACUGUAGGAACCCAGGGUGGUUAUUUAUGUUGAACACACCGUGUACAUAGCAAUUGAUAUUUUGCUAGCUGCCUAGCUCUUCAACUUCAGCACCUGCCGACGAACUGUGAACAAGGAGGCCAAGAGUAGGGUUGAGAUAUUUCGUACGUGGUUUGCAUUUUCUUUAUGGUCCUGAAUAUUUGGGUGUAUCUGAAUCUUAAACUGGGAUCCAAUGCAGAAUCUUCUCAUUUCGAAGUAAUUAAAAGUUUAUCUUUCUGAGAUGCCUUCUAUGAAAGUUAUAUGACUAGCUUUAUAUCUGGACUGGUGCCCUUCUGUUAUAUACUGAUAUUUAGGUGUUACAAAUAAUAAUUGCUGAUGCGAUUGGAGCAAUUCCAGAGGGAGCCAACAACAGCCAUAUCCUUCGAACUUUGUCCACACAGUACCACAUGAAAAACAUCAUUUCUUUGGUUAUCUUUUGCCCUGAUUGUGUUCGAUAGGGACGUUGAAAUUUGCACUCAAAAAAAGAAACAAGAUGUGAAGCAGCUGAACCGAAUAUACAAGCAGAGUAAAAGAUAGUACUCUCUUUUUAUUGAUAUAAGGUACGAUUGUACUCUUCCCCCAAUCCACAUCACAUCUCGUCUCGUGUCGUUGGCAGUCCCGCCAGUCCGAGCGCCACCCCCCCUUCCAGCGAGCCUCGGCGAUCCUUCCCCCCGCUUCAAGCUUCAUGCCCAAGAUGCAACCAUGGAGAAGCAUACUUCAAGCAGAUGCAGAUUCGGUCAGCUGAUGAGCCAAUGACAACAUUCUACAGGUGUUGCAGAGAAGAAUGCCAGCUUGAAUGGAGAGAUGACUGAUCUAGCAACUAGGAUUUUCCACUUUGCUUACACUACAUGCUCGUGCUGCUUCAGUUGAGUGUUGAUAUGCCCUGUUGCACAUGUAAUUCUUCUUGUAAUCACCUUGUUCUUCAGUACAAACUUCAGUGAAAUGUUAUUAUGGUGCCGCUUUUUGGCUGCAGGAGACAUUACUAGUAGCAGUGAAGUGUUUUGGAAUGUAUGUGCUUCAUGCUGCCUACAUUUGGUAGCGUGAAUGGCAUUUUGAAAGGGAUAAAGUGUUCCUGAGUUAAUUUAGCAAACAUUUUUACAGA